UUUGCAUUUUAGUUAAUAUUAACCAGCUGUUGUUAAGUCAAUUUAUGAGACCACUGAGGAAUUGAUACAAUGACACCAUCCACCAAGUACACAACUCCCUCUGUUCCUCAUUUUACAUCUGCUCCUUUGAUAAGAAGCAGUGAAAACGCCUUUUGGUUUUUAACUUUUCCUACUAUUUUUCACUUGAAAGGAGACUUUAGGAAUCGUGCUGCAGCAGGUUUACAAUGGAUCUAGUGGUGAAAAGUGAGGUUAUUCUUUCAGUUUACAUAAUUUCUUUUCUAAUCGGGUGCCCUGCCAACCUUCUGGCACUCUAUGCUUUUAGCAUCAAGGUCCACUCAAAGCCACUUCCAACAGACAUCCUGCUUCUGAAUCUGACCAUCUCAGACCUCCUCUUCCUGAUCACCGCCCCCCUUAAGAUGCACGAGGCAGCUUCAGGGAUGACGUGGAAGCUGCCCCCCUUCCUGUGCUCCAUUGUCUCCUUCACGUACUUCUCCACGAUCUACACCAGCUCUUUGCUGCUCAUGGCAGUCAGCGUGGUCCGCUACAUAGCAGUGGUGUUCCCUAUCGCUGCUACAAAGAUUAAAAAACCCAUUUACCCAGUUAUUGCUAGUGUUGUUAUCUGGGUGAUCUCUUCAGCCCACUGCAGCAUCGUUUUUAUUACCAUACAUCAUCCAUCUCUGUCCAGCAAAAACUCUACAAUUUGCUAUGAAAACUUCAAUCCAAAUCAGCUGAAAGUCCUCCUCCCUGUGCGUUUGGAAUUUUUCUUUGUGCUGUGUCUUCUGCCCCUUUUGGUUUGUAUUUACUGCUACUUGAGCAUGAUCGUGACUCUUUACAGCCGGCCCAGAAUACCCUGGAAAAAGAAAAAGAAGGCCAUCGGCAUGGCCUUGGGGACUCUUGCUGUGUUUCUCAUUUGCGUUGUGCCAUACAAUUCUUCCCAUCUGGUGGGUUACUUCCUGGGGGAGAGCCCAAAAUGGAGGCACUACACACUGCUGCUGCUUGCCUUCAACUCUUGCAUAGAUCCCUUCAUUUUUUACUUCUCCUCCUCCAUCUUCCGCUUUACCAUCAAAGCAUCCAUUUUCAAGAAGCUUAGGAUGAAUCUUGUGAAGCUGCAAAGCCAGGAUCCCAGCUCCAAAUAAAACAGAUGUAACCUUU